AUGUCUUCAAUCUUUUUUGUUGAUAAAUACAACGAUAAAGAAAUUAGGGGAGUGCUUACAAUUAAUAAUGAUAUUAAUUACGAAUAUUCUGGUCCAUAUGAAGCUUGUAGUAAAGAUUCAAUUAAAGGAUUGGUAUGCAUUUUUGAAAAAAUUAAUAAUAGCAUCACUGAGACAAUUUUAUCAACAAAAUUAGGAUUAGAACAAAACAUUGGUUCUGGGCAAAUUAAUAAUGAUGACAAUGGGAAAAAAUAUCAAUUUAAUAAUGUUUUAAAUCAACAGCCAGAUUAUUCAUCAUGGAUUGACCGUAUCUUAUACCUUUGUGACAUUAAUUGA